GCUACCGAGCAUAUUACACUCAAGGAUUUCAUUAAUCAUGGUUUCUAAGAUCGCUUUCGCCGUCCUCGCCCUGGCCGCCGCCGUGUGCGCCGAGCCUGGUGCGCCCCUCGUGGCCGCCGUCCCCGCCUACGUGAAGGCCGUGGACUACCACGCCCGCCCUCACUACUCCUUCAACUACGGCGUUAACGACCCCCACACCGGCGACCACAAGAGCCAGUCUGAGACCCGCGACGGCGACUACGUCAAGGGCCAGUACUCUCUGCUCGAGGCCGACGGCACCACCCGCACCGUCGACUACACCGCCAACCCCCACCACGGAUUCAACGCCAUCGUCUCCAAGUCCGGACACGCCGUCCACCCCGCCCCCAUUGUCCACGCUGCUCCCGUCAAGGCUUACGCC